GCAGCUGCCGGGCCUCACCGCCUGGGUCUGUUGCCGAAGGCCUGGCACGUGCUCAAAAUCUCGCGGUGAGAGAGCGAGCAGGGUGAGGUGUGGUGCAGAGGAGUCGAACUCCUGGCUGCCUCAGUUUGAGAAUCCCUUGGCAGGCUCCAUGGCAGAUCCUGGCUACUGGAAACAGCAGUACUAUCUGGCAUCUGAGUUGAAGCAGUUUCUGCCGCCGAAUCGCAAGACCAUCACAGCGAUGCAGCUGGCACCAGAAGACAUAAAGUACGUCGGCUACCUGGCUCCAGACAAGGAGAAGAGUCCCAACAAGCUGACGGAAUACGUCAUCCUGGGUCCAGUCAGUGACGUACUGAAGUACGAGUUCAAGAAUCAGUGCGAGGUGUAUGCUGUGAAUCCAUCUUUCAGGCAGUGGCAGAAGGACGUCGACAAAGUGAUUCCUCGCAAGGACGUGCACAUUGCCGUCGUCGCAGCUGGCACUGCUAAGCGCCUUGGGAAGAAGAUCCUGAUCCAGGGCCUCGCGCAAGUAUCUGCUGCCCUUACUGCCGAGGGUCGUGCUUUGCUGGUGUGUGAUGCACAAGACGAGGAAGUCCUCGGCGGAAAGAUGGAGGAGCUGUUGGAGGCUCAGGAGUGGAAGGAUCUGGAGAAGACUGGUGACUUGCCUCCAGAUCCCGAGAAGACUGCAGCCCUGGAAGUGCUCCAACAGGGUCGGUUGAGGCCACCGGCCACACUUCUGAAGCUUGUGGUGUCGGACUUGCCAGAUAUUCGGUCAAUUCUGAUUUGUUGCAGCGCCGCUCAAGCUGAAGUCGCUGGCAUACUCGGCAAUCAGACAUUCCCAAACAACAGCUGCAGUGCGAAGACUACGACCAAGACUCGACUGGUCAGAUUAGAAGAAUCGGGUUUCACUAUUGCAUGA